GUCCGUCCGUCCGUCCUUCUGUCUCUGUCUCUCUCUGUUUGUGUGUGUGCGCGUAAACAUAAUUUUUGUUUGGGUCUGGUGAAUAAACACUCCUUCAGUAGUACGAGCGAAUGUUUCAUAUCCGCGUACCAUGAUUGCAUCCAUUCAGCACACACGUUCCAUAUCCACGCACCUUGCUUAACCAUUUUGGGGACCUUCUUCUUAGCAGUUUUUUUAAACACAGUGUAACCUUGAUUACCACGGUUUCUCUUCGUUUAGUAUACAGCGCAUAAUGGUGAAGACUAAAGGUCCGCCGAAGAAGAAGCAGCAGCAGCGUGGAGUAGACUUCAAAAAAAUAAAACGUAAAAUUGGGCGGAAGUUGCCGCCCCCCAAGAAUGCUACAAACACCGAAAUCAAAUCCAAAGCGAUUGUUCUUCCGGAGCAGAGUGUAGCAUCAGAAAAGGCUGGUUUAGCAGUGAGCAGAAAGGGUUUGACUUUGAAAGAGCUUCUUCAACAAACAUCUCAUCACAAUUCCAAAGUCCGAAAAGAUGCUUUAACUGGCAUUAGGGAUAUCUUCCUUAAACACCCAGCAGAGUUGAGGUUGCAUAAACUUGCUGUUAUAGAGAAAUUGCGUGAACGCAUCAGCGAUGAUGAUAAACUGGUUCGGGAAACACUGUAUCAACUUCUUAAGGCCGUGAUUUUCCCUAGUUGUAGAGAGGAUAGUCAAGGACCUUUCGUGUCAUUGAUGAUGGCAUAUAUUUUCAAUGCAAUGACACAUUUGGCAAUUGAUGUUCGAUUGAUGGCUUUCAAAUUUUUUGAUCUUGUUGUCCAGCACUACCCAUUGUCCUUCUCCACGCAUGCUGAGAAGAUUUUCCAGAACUACGAAGAUAUACUGCGAAAGAACCAGUUCUAUUUACAGGACAAGGGCAAGCUUAAGACUGCUCUUGCUGGUUUAGUCCACUGCUUGUUAUUGUUGCCGAGCAUUAAGGAGGAUCAUGGCUCAUCUCGUGAAACGGUUGUUGCUGCUCAAGGAAUUUUACAUGCUUUUGAGCCAGAGGCUCCUAAAGAUCCUGCUGGAUUUUCCGUCAUCCACAAGAAACUAAAGGACCUUAUGCCUGUUUUAGUCAAUUGUUUCCAAGAUUUUAUUCGGUUGGCUCAUACCAUGACUCAACUUGAUCCUCAAUCUUUUGAUUGUAUGCUAUCUAUACUUAAGUGCAUAGACCUUGUAGUCAAGUUCUUUGCUGAUGGAAUUAGCGACUGUCAGCAAGAACUACAAGUGUCCAUGCCUUCUUGUGAAGGACUGGCUGCAACCAUACAAGGUCAAACCAUCAUGCCGUCGUUUUUGAAGAAGUUAUUUGAUUUGUUUCCGCUCAACCUAACGUAUCACCUUUCAGGAAAGGAUGAUGACAAAUAUUUUAUUUUGAAUAUCUUGAUAACAGAAAUCUUUUUUCACUCAAUUGACUGGAAAUGUACUCCUGUCGCUUUGCUGGAGAAAUUUCUUGAAUUCUUCACAACUGCUCUCUCAGAAGAGGUAUGCAGUGGCACACAAAUUGGCAAAGUGUUACACGAAAAGCACAUACUAUCCCUGAUUCCUUUUAUUCCAAAACUCGUACUGCAAGUACCUGGCUAUUGGAAGUCUUGUACUUUACAGGCUUUUACAAAGAUUUUCAGAAGUUGUAAUCUAGAGUCUUCAGUGAAAUGGGCUUGCCUUUCUGCUAUAGAAGAAUUGCUAUUUCCUAGGCAAGGCUUGAAAUACCUAGAUGCAAGGGAUCAAGAAGUGUUAGACUAUCAGAUUGCUUGGAUAAGAGAGCUUCCAUUGUUGCUAAUCAUGUUAGGCAAUAAAAAUCCAUUGCAUUCCAGGAGUGUUUUGAGCCUUCUACUUCGGUUAGGCCAAUGUGCUGUAUCAAACACUUUAUUUGCUCAAGAGUAUGAUAACAUGCAGUACUCGUUGGCAGAAUUUUACUGCACAUGCAUGGAUGAGAGAAAUGUAUCUUAUGGUCCUUUUGUCAGUCUUGAUAGAGGUUCUCAGGAGCUUUCUAUCUGUUGCCUUUAUUAUUUCUCUGUUGUGGAUUCCCUUCUACUCAAGUCACUUGCUUGGUCUUGCUUAUAUGAUGAUUUGGAACCAUCUGUAAUAUUUAGAAUCAUAGAGGUUCUCCAUUCAGCCUAUAAAGUUGGACACAUCCAGAUUGCUGACCUGAUUAGUUUCUUCAUCACCUUACUCUCAUGCUUCAAAGUUACUGAUAAGGGUUGUCCUACCUUGGAGAGUGACGGGAUCUCUAAUCGUGGAAGUUUUAGGUCAGUCACUACUGUUGUCUGCUCUUGCCUGUUGCAGAUGGGAGAUGAUUUUCUUGUUUUCCAGAUGCUAGAGACUGUAGUUGUUGAUCAGAUUUUUCAGCUGCAGAGACCAGGUUUAGACAAUAUAUGUGCCCUGUUCAGGGUGCUUGUUGCACUUGACUGUAGACCCACAAGACUUUCUCAACAGAGUAUUCUCACUCUAAGCAAUUUUCUUCCAGGAUACUUGAUUGAUGUUGUGACGUGCUUUCCAGAAUCUGAUGAUCUUGCCCCUGCCCCGGUCCCUAGAAGCACAAGCCAUUAUUAUCUCCUGCCUUGCUAUUUCUUGUUUUAUCGGAGCGACAAACUUUUGAAUCUUGUUUUAAACAGAAUGGGAUCAUUGGUUACUGAAAAGAAGUCAUCGAUCUCUUCUUGUGUGCCCGACCAUUCUAGUUGGAUAAAUCCAAUUGUCUCUGUCGUCCUACUAAUGCAUAAGGAUGUUAAAAUCCGGAGAGUUCUUUCAUCGUGCAAGGCAGAGAUACAGUUAAUUUUAGACAACAUACUUGUAGUACAGUCAUCAGAGGAAAUCAACAUGGCCAUUGCAGAAAGGCACAACAUACAAUCUGCAGUUGAUCGACUAAAGGCCCUAGUGGGUACAUUCAGCGAAAGAGGAUAAUUUACCACUAUGCUUGUCCUAAGAAACCUGCCCAGUAAAUGCACUGAUGACAACUAUCUCAUGGUUCUCUCUGUUUUGUUUCCAUGUUUCCAUUUCAGUCAUUUGUGCCGUGUGGUGAGAAUAGAGCAAAUGAGGAAUGGUAUGAGGGGACCUAGGGAACAAGUUCAGGAGAAGUAUUGAUCACUUGGGAUUGGAUUCGGCAUUGGUAUAUCUGCAAAAUUAUUGACCCGAGUUCUCAGCUGAUGUUGUUAUGAGCACUUCAAAUUAAAGCUUAUUUGAGGUGAUACUGGGUGGGUUCAGCUCAGCAGGGUAAAUCAUAGCACCGUACUUGUAAUCCAAAAGUGCUAGGAAUUUUAGGAAGGAUAGAGACAUUUAGCUGCAGCAGCCUAGACAUAGAGGAGGUCAUAUUCAGUUAGUCAAUUUUGGGCACAAGUGAGUCUGAUAGCAUGUUACGCCAUAUGCGCAAUUUUGGAAUAUACUACUAAGAUAACUAUCUAUUUUUAGUGGCAGACAAGAUCAUUUUGGAUGUUGUGAAGUACUGUAAUACGAGAACUGAUGGUGGAAAAAAUGAUAGAAUCUAUAAAAAUUCUCUC